CGGACGCGCACCUGCGCCCAGGUGUGCUGAUGGAGCCGGGGGCGGACGGGGCGGGCCCAGGCCCGAGCGUGGAGCCCGCGGAGCCCCAACCGGAGCCUGAGCUCGAUCCUAAAGUCCGUCCCGAGCCGGAUCCCGGUGCUGAUCCUGGUACCGAUCCCGGUACCGAUCCCGGUGCCGUUCCCGAUCCCGAUUCCGCUCCCGGUCCCGUUCCCGCUCCCGCUGCCGGUCCCGUUCCCGAUGCCGUUCCCGAUGCCGGUCACGUUCCCGAUGCCGGUCCCGAUGCCGUUCCCGAUGCCGAUGGCGGUAUCGGUCCCGGUUCCCGUGCCGGUUCCAGAGCGGAUUGGCAGCUGCAGCAGCGAAUCGCCGCCCGCCGGAACCGCAUCGAUGCCCGGCGCCGGGAAGCGCUUGGGGAGAAGGUGGAGCAGGACAAGGAGGAGGAGCAGGAGGAGGAGAAGGGGAAGAGCCUGAAGCUGGUCAAGGAGACCGAGAGGGCCCUGGCCAAGCUCCUUUUCCACGGGACGCAGCUGCUGACCAACGUCCAGGUGGAAUCCGACCUCCGGGAAUCGCAGCGGCGGGAAAAGGACACGCAGGACAAGCGCAGCAGGCUGGAGAAGCUGGAGGCGGACGCCCAGCACGGCACGGAGAAGCUGGUGCAGAUCAACUCCAAGUGGGGCCUGGCGGGGGAGCUGAGGGUGCCGCAGGAGCUGUGGGAGCUGCUGGAGCAGCAGCGCCAGGAGUGCGAGCAGCUCCUGGCCAGGAAGAACCAGCUCAUCCGGGAGCUCCAGGAGGAGGUGAAGGCCCGGGACGAGCUGUACGAGCAGACCCUGCGGGACCAGGCCGAGGCCACGCGGGUGCUGCUGGAGCGGAUGGAGGAGCAGACGCGCUCCACGCUCCGCUCCUACCGGCACCACCUGCGGCACAUCGAGAAAACGUUUGAGGAGGAGCGGCGGGAGAUGCUGACGAGCAACAGGAGCCGGUGGAACGAGGCCAUGAGGGAGCACAACGAGCAGGAGCUGGAGUUCCUGCGGAGGAAGGUGGACCAGGCUCUGGAUUUCGAGCAGCAGCUGAACGAGCUGCAGGACGCGAGCACAGAAACGCACGACGGCCUGAAGUGGCAGCUGGAAGAGGACGUGGAGCGCCUGGAGAGGAAGCUGCGCCAGAUGAAGGGGAUGUACCACCUGAACCAGGUGAAGCUGGACUACAACCUGGACGUGCUCCGGCAGCUGGACAUAGAAAAUUCCACGCUGCGAUCCCUGCAGAAACGGAAAAUCAACCGGUUCAGGACCACCCUGGAGCUGCUGAAGGACAAAAUGGCCAAGCAGGAGGUGAAGUUCAGGAGGAAAAGCAGAGCCUGGAGCUGGAGCUGAGCGCGUGGUGGGGCAGUUCCAGGAGACGCGCGACAGGAUGAGGUGGG